GAUAGAAUCCCACAGAAAAAGAAAGUGAAUUGAAUGUAGAAUUAUCUUUAUACAUUGCUCUACUGCUGAUUUAAAUUCGCGAAAGGUUUAUUUCCGAUUCUGAUUAUCAUUGGCGUAUAUUCAUGCCGUUUCGUAAACUUGUUUUUACAGUUUACAUGAAAAUGAAUAGACAGGCUACCAGAAUUGAAAUAAUUUUAUAAUAUAAUUUAAUAGCUCAAUUAAUGGUCCACACGGUUGGUCAAAGAAUGCGUAGAUCAUUAAUUUGUUGAAUUUAUUGUAAUUAUAAUCUUCAUUUUAUUGUUGUUCGAACGUAAGGCCAUAUAUACAAAGACGCUAUCUGAGCAGGAAAACUAAUCUGUAACUUCUUGACCGCGGCCCAAAAACAUCUAAGGAGCGAGAUAAAGUAAUAUAUUGGCAGUCUUCAGUUACAGCGUUUCCAUAAAAGAAAUGAGCAUAUUAAAGCGAUAUAUUUAAAUACAGUCGCAUUUUAAUAGCGGCAAUGAGCAAUAAAAUUAUGGAAAUUCCAAGAAGCAGGCUAGCUCAGGCUUCCGCGUCAAAACCUUAAUCGCAAACAUAUUAGUAAUUAUAUCGGCCGAACCUAGUUGGCUGACAAUUCUGAAAAACUCACUUGGAAAAUAAAAUAUAAGGUAAAAAGAAACGAACAUCAGAGGCAAACGUUUCAAAUAACUAAUACCGGAUUACAUAAUGGGAUCAGAGGAAAUAACACGAGAAACUAAUGCAAUUAAAAUAAUUGUGAUAUUUUACAUCAUAAAUGGUGUGUCCUGUAGCGAAUAGGCAUCGUCGCGCUGCAAUCUUAUCGGAAACCGUUGAGUCUCUCUAGUUGCAUUCGUCAUUUGAGGCCGGUUUAACGCAGCCACAUUUUCGAUCUAACAUAAUACUGAAAGAGCAGCAACGUACCUUUAUUGCGAAAAAGAGAACAAAAUACAUUCGCGUGGCUGCCGAUCUUCCUCGAUAGUCAAUUCUAAUAAUCCAAGUGUAAAUCUCAUUUCAAAGUAUGAAGUGCGGAAGAGUUUCGUGGACAUGGUUAUCCUUUCUAUUUUUAACAAGCUUUUACGUGUCGAUACAAGUGGCCGCCCUAGACCCGAUGACCACGAAGAACAUACUUCCAGUGUAUGCGGUUUUGGAAAAUGCUGAUCUUCUAAAUUCCAGCAGGUGUCGCACUCAGAUAGAUGAAUUUCGAAAUGCGGUGGAUAACCAAAUACUUUGGGCUCUCAGAGGUUAAUAGAACUUUUAAGAUAUAUAGUGGAAUUUCGCGGUUUCGCGAAGCUACCGCCAGUCAGUUACAGCGAAAGGAAAGAAGGAGGCAAACUAAACGAAAUACGUAUAACCGAUCGCGAAUCAAAAAGCUGUACACCGUGUUUGCGAUUGUGUUUCGUGACAUGUUUUCGAUGAACACUUAUACCGCGGAAAAUUCAACUCAAAAACAAUAGAAACAACUCUUGUGCAACCGCGAGGAAUCUUCUUAUCACGAGACGAUAACGUUACGUCGCGAUUGUGUAAGAUGCUUAAUUUCUUAUCGAGCCAACUCCCGACCUUAAGACUUUCUUCGUCCGUUGCGCAAGAAACCAGUUCCUUCGCACGUGGCGUGUAAAAGCUGCGAUCGUCGUCGUCACUGUUUUCCUGAUCAGCCGAUGCUCGUUGGAUACCAGUGGCGUACCAUCCGGAGGAUUUGUCAUCGGAAACAAUCAUUGGUUAGGAGACCGACAAGGUUGCAAGCUUUUCUCUGAAAAUCGCAUAGUAUUUCUAUCGGAGAAAAUACGAAAAAACAAUUACGAUAUACCGGAACCCGAAUGAAGAGUAUUCACCUUUUGAGUUUCGUUUCUUUCUUGCACGUGCGCGGCACAAUAGCACUGUGCAAUAUCACGUAGAAGUAGAAGACGAAGAUUUGAUCACGCUUGGACUUUACUUACCGGCAUCCUGCAGCGUAGACGAUGUUGCCACUAUGCUUGUUAAAGUAUUUCGUAAUGAGACACUUUUCAUUGGAGAACUUUUUAAUAUACACUUCAAGCUGAUCGAAGUCUUCGAUUUGGUGGAUGAUCGUUAAUGACUACUCUCUGCGAAAAUGAUCUCCAUCAUAGGAGUUUUGCUAUCGUUGUGUGCUACCGUAAUAGCAGCCACAGUAUACGACGUUUUCGUCCAUCGAAAGCGUUUAAAUAAAGAAAGGGGAAGGCUUGCAUCUAUUGAAUUGGAGAACAUAACAGAAGAGAACCUCGAAACCGACAAUGAGGAAACGGCACCCGCCGAGUCGGCAAAGCAGAAUCGUAUUAGCCAAUAUCCUCUGUGCUUUUCAGUUCUCACUAAUCUAGAGGAAAUAUUUAAGCUGGAAAAGAGUGAAGAUAAACUACGCUUAUUCGACAGUUUGAAAACGUUAACAGUGAGAUUUUCAGUAAUUCGAGUGCAAAUCCUGUUCCAAAGCAUGCAGUACGGAAAAAUUUCGUCGUGGAUAUGGUUAUCCCUUUUAUCAUUAACAACGAUUUACGUGUCGAUCCAAGCGAUCCCGCUAAACCCAGUGACCAUGAGGCAGGCACUACCAGCGUACGCGGUUUUGGAAAACGUGGAUCUUUUAAAUUCCAGCAGAUGUAGAACGGAGAUUGAUGAAUUUCGUAAUGCUGUUGACAACAAGAUACUUUGGAGUCUAAGAGCAUUGGACACCAGUGGCGUGCCAUCUGAGGGAUUUCUCAACGGGAACAAUUAUUGGUUAGGAGAUCUUCAAGUUUGCACCGACCUCUCUGUAAAUCACACGCUGCUUAUCUCGGAGAAAAUACGAAAAAACAAUUCGAUAUACCGGAACCCGAACGAGGAAUAUCCACCCUUUGAGUUUCGUUUUUUUAUUGCACGCAUGCGGCACAAUAGCACUAUGCAAUAUCAUAUAGGAAUAGAAGAAGAAGAUUUGAUCACGCUUGGACUUUGUUUACCAGCAUCCUGCAGCAAACACGAUGUAGCCACGAUGAUGGAUAAAAUAUUGCACGACGAGACUCUUUUCAUCGGCAAACUUUUUGCUAUACACUUCAGGCUCAUCGAAGUCUCCGAUUUGACGAACGAUUAUCAUUGGCUUCUCUCCGCGAAGACGAUCUCCAUCCUAGUAGUUUUGCUAUUGUUAUGUGCUACCGUGGUAGCAGCCACAAUAUACGACGUCUUCGUCCAUCGAAAGCGUUCAAAGAACGAAAGGAUAUCCCUUACACCCGCAAGUAACAUGUACGAGCUGAAAAACGAAAUAGGAGACAAAUGCGAAACCGUCGACGAAGAACCGGUGUUCCAAAAGUCGAAGCAACAGAACCUUAUCGGCCAAUGUCUCCUGUGUUUUUCAUUCCCCGCCAAUGUAGAGCAAAUAUUUAAACAGGAAAAGGAUGCAGAUGUUCUCCUUAUUUUCCACGGAAUAAAAAUAAUAGGAACCAUGAUACUUAUUAUGUACCACAUAGCCAUCUACUCAACUCAUGUUGUAGGUAACAAAGCACACAUUGUAUUAAAAGAUGUAUUCAGGCAUAUGUUAGGAAGCCUCGUAUUUGUGGUGGAUAUAUUUUUCUUUAUAAGUGGUUUUCUCUUGUCAUAUACAUUUCUGAAGGAACGACGGAAAUAUCAGGGAAUCCCGCCUAUAGCAGAAAGGAUGAACAAUGUUUUUCAAAAGAUUGUCAAACGAUAUAUAAGGCUUACACCUGCAUAUUUCAUCGUUAUAUUAAUCGCGAUAUUGAACUUUACCUGGCAUGAUCAUGUCUCAACACUUCUUCCCGUUGAGCAUCCAAAUACUAAGUGUUCCAAAUAUUGGUGGACUAACAUACUUUACAUCAACAACUUCUAUAGGUGGGAUGAGCUAUGUCUCACAUGGACUUGGUACCUGCCCAACGAUAUGCAGUUCUUCGUAUUUGGCAGUUUUCUCCUAACUUUAUCGAUCACGCAUUACAAUAUUGCCGUGGGUAUAGGCGUUCUUACAUUAGUUUCAUCGAUAGGAUCACUAGUUUACACGGGAUACACUCUUAAUUACCAUCUUACGUUGGACGAACAAUAUAAGACGUUGACAUACGUUUAUAUACGUCCAUGGUGCAGAAUACCGCCAUAUCUCAUAGGAAUGGCCACAUGUCACCUUCUUACAAAAUGGAAUUACAAAUUACAUUUAUCAAAAAGAAGCUUAAUCGUUGGAUGGACCUUGGCAAUUUUAUGUAAUUGUUCGAUUCUAUCCGGAUUCGCGAACAGGAACAUGCCCUUAAGUCUAUCCAUUCUUUAUAUGGUCUUCAGUAAAAUAGGCUGGGCAUUGGGUAUUGCCUGGCUGGUAGUUGUAUGCAUUACGAAUCAUGACGGUAUCGUGAACAAGAUCUUAUCGCUAGAUAUCUUCGUUCGUUUGAAUAAAUUAUCGUAUAGUAUUUAUCUCAUACAUCCUGUUCUAGUAACGUCGAUAUAUUCCUUACAUAAUUAUCCUUUAUUCGCUGAUAAGAUCAUAUUUGGCGCUAUGUGGUCUAUAGUAGUUCUUAUUAGUUUCAUCGUCUCUAUUCUGUUAACCGCAACAAUAGAAAUGCCGUUUAUAUCGCUCCUUCGACUGUACCAUCAUUUUCAGAAGAGAAUGAAAUAGAUAAGUCUAUAGUGAUAAAUAUUUCCAAGCUUUCUAAUUAAUAAACUAAUGAAAAGAAGUCGCUGUUUCGUGCGACCGCACACAUUACACGCGCAGUCGGAAUUUCCAAACAUUUCGUUCUAAUACGAUACUCUAUGCGCGUAAUGUGAUUCGUUGCUUCAGAAAACAUUCACAAUUUUAUUUUAUUUCAAUAUUUCAUAAUAAAGACUUGGAGAGAAGGAUCAAUUUAUAAAAUCAUUCGCACAGAAGAUGCAAAUGUUCUUGUUUAUCAACUAUCGUUUUGUACGUAGCGAAGUGAUUAGAGCAAAAACACCAAGCUUAUAUAGAAAUAAUUUCAUAUCACUGAAAGAUAAGAAAGAAUGUUUAUUGUGCUAUGAGCAAAGAAAGCAAUAUGUCCUACGUAAUGCCAGAAACGUCGUUGAUCGAUUUCCGCGAGUAGCCUGUUCACGGCGACCUCCAUCGAGUUGUUUUUCGAGAUAUUAAUGAAACUAACAGUUUUCUUGUUCGUUAAUAAACAAAGCUCUUGGAGAAGACGAUUAAAAAAUGCGUAAACAACGAUCCGAGUUCACCCGUGAGAAAUAAGUCACAACAUGUUUUGCAUACCAACUGUCGCAUACUGCAAUGAGUGUGAAUAUCUACAUAUAUUUACGAUACAAACAUGGUUUGAUACAUCUCAUACUAACAACUUGCAUUAGAACAAUCUGGUAACUGGGAGCAGUCCAGUGCAAACAGACUGAUACGAUAACAACUGCCUCUGUUCACGUAGAACCAUAACGAGUAUUUUAUUCCACUUCUCUCUGUAUUUAUGACUGCGAUGAUUAUAAUAAACGUACAACGAUGUUUCAUAUACUCGCUAAAUGAAAAUUUGCUAAAUGUACAAAGGUAUAAGCGACGAAAAAUCGUCAUAUCGAUAGAAAGUGUGCGUUAAAUGCAAUGGUAUUGGGUGUAUAAAGAGAGAGACGCGUGGAUAAAUUGUAAGGUAGAAAAUAUAUUUUAAAUAUAGAAGUGAAAGUACAAGUAUGAAAUAAUAAUUUGAGCUGGUC